AUGACUCCAUGGAUUGACCUUGGGAAAGGGGCAAUUUUGUACCAAAUGAACCCUUCAAUCUACCACAUUGAUUAUUGCACAACCUUAGAAAGAUUAGGAUUAGGACAUCUUUCUACUGAUGUUUCAAGAUCUCGAGCUUCUUUAAUGGGAUCACGUGUCACAAAGUCAGUGAAGGAUUAUCCACAUGGAACACCUGUCUUGAUAUCCAUGGAUGUUACCAGAAAGAAGCACAACUUAAAGCUUGAUGGGAUCAUACGAACAGUCAUAACUCUUGGAUGCAAAAGUAAUGGUGGAUCUGCUGCUGAUUGUGUGUUCUCUAAUUUCUCAAUUGUACUAAGUGAAGAGCCAAUAGAAGAGCCUGAAACAAUAAACAUGGGAGUAAUUUAUGGUCAAAGUAAGGUCAAUGGAACUGAAGAAGAAGAAGAUGAUGAUUUAGCAUCUGUUGACUUAGAUCACUGGUUGUAUUUCCCUCCUGAAGAGAAAGUGAUAGACAUAUCAAAGAAUUUAAGACACAUGGUGCAUCUGGAAAUAAAGAUCAAUGCCAUAUGUGAUCCGAUGUGUAAAGGUUUGUGUCUCAAAUGCGGUCAAAAUUUGAAUACAAGUAGCUGUAAUUGUAGUCAACAGACCAAUCGUGUAAUCUUGUCUAUGUUGAAUUGCUAUUUUAUAUAA